AUGGAAUGUGUACAGCGAGCCGCCUCUGUGCAGCCACGGCAGUCAGAAACGGUACAAGUGCACGCAUCCACGUGUUCUGUACCCCCGCUUACCGUACAAGCUGUCCACCGUUACGGAGGAUCCCAUUCCUGGCAUGGAGCUGGAUCUUCAACUGUUUCUUCGCUAUCAACUGAACCAUACCGACCGCCGCACCUGCCGCCUCCACCAGGACGUGAGCAGAGUGUUUACCGUUUUUAUGGACCGCGUCUCCGCGAGGUGUUUGUGGAGACGGUGCCGCUGCGUUUUGGUGGCCGUAUGACCGAGGCGUUGUCGUCAGCAGCGGCGCACGGUACGUGUGGUGUCAACGUGUACACGGAGGCCACUGGCGUCUUUGCGGACUUUCCUUGCGAGGAAGAAGGUGACCUUGCACUUGUUUAUUCCACUGUUCCCUGGGUGAGGGAGGAGCUGCAAAUCCCCUUUGGGGCCGGUGCUGAGGCUCCAUCCCUGAUUGUGGAUGACGUGUUCAUCAGCUGGGGAUAG